GAAGUUACAGCUGCUUAUAUGUAAUAAUCUCAACACCUCCAAAAUACGGAAGGAGAAGAAGAACCUGGUUUCCCCUCAAAUCCUAUUAAUCCUAUUAAUUUGCUCCUUUCCCCUCACCUUUUAAAUAUAUAUAUAUAUACACAGAUACAUACAUACAUACUGUGCUUCAACUGCAACUUGCCAAGAUGUCCAGGGUAGCAAAAUACCGAAAGCAAGUCAGUGAGGACCCAGAUAUUGACAACUUACUGUCUACACUCUCUCCAGAGGAGAUGGAAGAGCUAGAAAAAGAGCUGGAUGCGUCUGAUUCAGAUGGAAACAUUCCUGUGGGGCUCCGGCAGAAAGAUCAAACUGAAAAACAAUCAAGUGGCAAGUACAAUCGAGAGGCAAUGCUCAAUUAUUGCGAAAAGGAGAGCAAGAAACUUGUUCAGAGGGAGCAGUCAAUGGAUGAAGAGAAGGCAACAGAGAAGAAGAAAGAGGCAAAGAUUCUUGAAGAAAAAUGUAAGGAAACUCACAGCAGAGAUCUGAAAAGAAACAGAGCUUCUGAUUUGGGAAAAGAAGGGAAAAAAGAAAAUGUCCAUAAAACAAAUCAGAAGGGAAAGGAUGAACCAGACAGUAGUAAGAAAACUGGGCCAGUCAAAGAUGAGAAGUCCAAAGGGGAAAAGAAGAUCUCCACAGAGAAAGACAAAAGCAGAACAGCAGACAAAAGUACCACCAAAGGGCGAGGGGAAGAAAGGGGCACAAUGCCCAAGAACAAACUGGGCGAGGACAAAGGGAAAGAAGAAAAGGCAGCAGAAUUGAAGAGAGGGACUGAAAAGGACAAAAAGAAGGAAGAUAAAAAAGAAUUGGCAGAAAACAGUUCAGUUUUAAAGCCAGGCUUAGACAAGAAAAAAGAAGAUAAGAAAGAAUCCGAGAAAAUGGAAGAAAAAAGUUUGGCUUCAAAGCAAGGAUCAAAGGUUGGCAGUGAGGAGAAAUCACCAAGAGAUAGCAAUGGAACCUCUAAGGGGGAAACCCCUACAUCAGACCAAGAGCAAAUGAAAAAGGAUACUCCUGACAGCAGCCCCUCAAAGCCUGCAGACAGUUCUUCCAGCCAGAGCAAGGAAGAGGAAGGCACCAGUAUCUUUGAUGAACCCUUGGAAAAAGUGAAGAAUAACGACCCAGAGAUGAUAGAGAUUAAUGUCAAUAACUCUGACUGCAUCAACAACGAGAUCCUGGUGCGCUUUGCUGAGGCCUUAGAAUUCAACACUGUGGUCAAGGUCUUUGCAUUGGCCAACACACGUGCUGAUGAUCAUGUUGCUUUUGCCAUUGCCAUCAUGCUAAAGUCAAACAAGACAUUGACCAGCAUCAAUCUGGAUUCUAAUCACAUCACAGGCAAAGGGAUCCUGGCUAUCUUCCGCGCACUCUUGCAGAACAAUACUCUGACAGAGCUGCGCUUUCACAACCAGAGGCACAUCUGUGGAGGGAAGACUGAGAUGGAGAUUGCCAAGCUGCUGAAGGAGAAUACCACCCUGCUGAAAUUGGGCUACCACUUUGAGCUAGCAGGGCCCCGCAUGACAGUGACCAACCUACUGAGCAGGAACAUGGACAAACAGCGACAGAAACGCCUGCAGGAGCAGAAGCAGGCUCAAGAAAAGGGGGAGAAGAAGGACUUCCUGGAGGUACCAAAGGCAGGAGGUCUACCAGCUGGAUCACCUAAGGUUUCUCCCAAGUCAUCUCCCAAGUCAUCUCCUCGGUCUUCCCCUAAAGCUUCCCCUAAGAAAGCUGGAGCCCCAGACGCACCUCCCCCACCCCCACCUCCUCUGGCCCCUUCUCUGGCCCCUCCCCUGAUCAACGAAAACUUACGGUUGUCUCUAUCUCCGGCAACUCAGAGGAAGAUGGUGGAAAAAGCUCUUCCUCCACAAGAGAAAAACUCCAGAGAUCAGCUUCUGGCUGCCAUUCGCUCCAGCAAUCUCAAACAACUGAAGAAGGUGGAAGUUCCCAAGUUACUGCAGUAGGCAAUGGAAUCUUGAUUUUCCUGGAAGGAUGAAAUUACCAAGGCUGAAUCACAAUGUUUAUCUCUCAGGUGACUGUUUAUGUGAGAAGGACUCAGCAGGAGGAGGAGCCUGGCUUGCUCCAGUCCCAGAUGAACAGUGUUUUCUAUGGGGCUGAACUGCAUAGGAAGCCGAAUGGGCUGCCAAGGAAGCGUUAUGUCAGGAAGAAGCAGUAUUUAUUUUUUAGAGCUUUUUGAUCAUGAAACUUUUUCCCCCUAAGAGGAGGGUUCUGCAGACGCUCAGAGUGUUGUGUAUCUGGGCUGAUUGUCUUUUUUUUUUCCUUGUGGGAGUUUGGAAAGUAAAGUGGCAGAUACAGAAAGUCUUGAAGGAGUCUGUAUUUGGGGCAUCCAUGUUUAUCUUGUGACAACACCGCAAUCACUUGCCACUAGAAAUAUAUGCAAGAGCAAAGUCACACCGGAGCAGCAGCACCAACACCGCCACUACUACUACUACAAGAAAGUGACCAGACCCAUCUUCCGCACAAAACAAUUUCAAUACAAAUGAAAUGAAAGCAGCAGCAUGUUCUUACCAUUGGCUGCUAGAUCUACCUGGCAGCACCCAUGUCACUCUACCUGGAAUAUAAUGAAGCAGGGGGAUGGGGGAGAAAUCGCUGGGCCAAAUCUAAUUUUCCAGUGUCUCUGUGAUCUCAAGGAUUCUGUUCCUCUGGAGAGUGGCUUAUAGUGAGCAGGGUUUCCUUUGUUCCUACAACAGGCACAAAGAGAGGUGACGGGGGGCAUCUCACGGUACCACAAACAAGCCAAGCUGUAAGCACAUGGGUGGGCUCUGAAUGGAUUACAGAUUGUGUUGGGGUGUGUGUGUGUGUUUGUGCUACAUCUCUGAUGUUAAGCAGCAUCUGAUAGGGAGGGAAGGAACACGUUAAGGUCUGCCAUGUGUUGGAAGUGAUGGCAAGGGCAAGCAAUGAUUGUUAUGUGUAUCACAGAAUGAAAAACAGCCUUGAAAGCUCAAAUUGGAAAAGCUUCAUUCAGAAUCUCCAGCACUCAAGGCACAAACACUGACAACUGCUUAUUCAUGUCUUUGUGGGACUUGGGCUCCAGCUGGGUCAUCAGAGGCAAUACCACAAUGACCUAGCAGAGAACACAAAAUUCUAGCUUCAUACCUGCCAAGUCACCUGUUUGCUACAGAAACAGCGUAAGGCUUGUUUUGCGGUCCGGAAGGUUUCUGUGCCAGUUCUCCUUUUAAAAAUAGCUCAUAGUAUGCUCAUUUAAAGUGAAAGAAGCAUUCCCAAGGGAGUGGCAUUUGUGGCCUGUUAAUCAAUGUCUCCUAAACCAGGGGUUCCCAGAUUGGACUCCAUGGACUACCGCUGGUCCGCAGCAUAUCUGUGGAUUUGUGGUUGAAGAUGGGAGAUGGUACAUCCAUUGCAUGAAAUAUUAGUAUUUGUUUUUAUUGAAUUUUUAUUGCUUGUUUUAUUUCUUGUAUUCUAUGGAAUUCAUAUUCUAAUAUAACAUACAAGAAAUAAAAGAAUACAGAUCCAAUUAAAAUCAUACAGCAUCUAGCACAGUGCAUUACAAUUACCACAAGAGGCAGAAAAAUCACUAAGUGGUCCACCAAGACCCUCAGCAAUUUUCAAGUGGUCUGCAGGGUAAAAGUUUGGGAACCACUAUCCUAAACUAUGGCCAUGUGGGCUAUUAGGAUCCUGGGUCCUCCAGCCAACCGAUGUGCCAACUUCACCUCCCUAUAGCUCCUCUCCUCUUUCCAGAUAAGGGAAGCCCAAUUCAUAUAUUACCUUUGCAGCUUGGUGGACACCAAAUGCUCCUCUUUGGUUGGCUCCCACCAUUCUGCACUGGUAACACAUGAAUAUUCUGCAUCCCACAGGUAGCCUGGACACAAGUGUUCUUCCUACUCCAGCAGCAGCAGCAGCAGUCCCAAUGGAAGGGCACUGGCAAGGGAAAUGCCCACAUAAUUCAACCUACCCAUGUGGUGUGGAAGAACAUCCACAUGCUGCUGAUUGAGCAUUUGAGUCAACCACACAUAAGCAUUUUUGAGGCAGCAAAUAUGCUAUCAAGAUAAUGUAUGAAGGGGGCCUGAAAGAAGGAGAGUGACCAGUUAUGUCUUUUUCCUGCUUAAUGGAAAGUUCUGAAUAGCUUUUUCAACCUCAAGGCCAAGAAAUAGGCCUUGUAGUUGAAUGAAGUAGGUUACAUAAACACAUGGCAUGAACUGGGCAAAGAGCAAAGAAACUGACCUCCAGAAUACACAUGCAUGUGCAACAGGAGCCCAGCCACAGUAAUCAGGGAUGUGUUAUAAUGAUUAAAGGGACAGUUUCCUUACUCCUGAGAGGAGUGAAGGAUAAUUGGCAGUCCCAGCUUCAUGCCAUGAUCCAGUUUAGUCCCCUAUGUGUAAAUCCAAAUUCUGCAGCUUAACUAGUUUGUGGCUCAAGCUGCACAUAAAAAGAAGAUAGCUACGCAUUUGAGUCCCUAUAAGAAUUUAAUAUAUAGAUGGAUGGAUAUAUCUAGUAUAUCUGCUCUCUGUUGAGCGGAGUUUUAUUUCUCACACAAACUGCCAAAGCAUGUCUGCACUGAGAUGGUGCCAAGUGGUACAGGUGCAAGUGACUGGAAAGUGAUUCACUUUCCAGUCUAUUUAAAUCAGUUUCCAAAUUGGGAAACUCACUCAUAGUUCCUCUGCAGUGGGAUAGAAACUAGCAAGAAUUCUCACCAAGGAACAGUAGGUAUAGUACUCCCUCUCCCUAAGGUGCACAUGUCAGUGGCCAUCCUUCCAUGAAGGACGUGGAACUCCUAGUAAUGUGUCCAUGGAGAUCUUUGCAGCUCAACAAGGCUUUUUUUCUCUUCCCUUAGGCAGCUGAGCAUGCAAAUUCUGUGGGCAAAGAGGUCCUAAUGAGUGUCUGUAAAAUGCUGAAGAGGAAGGGGAUUUAUUUAGCACUUCAAAGAGAACUAUGUUAAUUCUUUUUUUAAAAAAAGCUAUGGAGUGGGAAAGAAUCUGUACUUGCUGAAUAAGAAAGUGGUAUUGGUUUAGAUUUUAGUACAUUUGGAGAAGUAGUGGGGAGGGAACACUAGCCAAAUCACUUGAGCAAGUGAUCUCAGAUGUCAAUGCUGCUGCAGUUUGCAGUUCUAAAUCCUGAAUGUAAAUCCUAUUUGAAUAUGUACAAAAUCACCCACACCUUCAUUAAUAAAGCUCACAAAAUACUGCUGAUGAUGAGCAGAGGAAUGU